UGAACUGUACACAUGAAAGCCAACCCAUGAGCGAUGUUAUCGCCAAGCGUCGAAUUUUCAGUGAGGCACGACGAAAGCUGAAGCAUAUUCAGGCGGCGGUGCACGAGGCAGCGGCACUCGCCACGCGGGGGAGUACGCGGGGAAGUGACGAAGCAGAAGAUCGCCGUGUAAAGGCGCAGAGGAACUGGCUGAUUCUCAGGCAGGCCUGCCAUGCCAUUGUCUCGUGCUCCAAGGAGACCUUGGCUGCCAGAAGGGCGGUGACCGCGAUUGUGGAGAACACCAAGGAGGGCGUCUCCUUGGAAGAACGCCAGUUCCACGUGAGCAAGCUGCAGGCCUUGUGUCAGGCCCUGGGAGCUUUGCCAGAGGAGGACGCGGAGGAGGCGUCGUUACCGCGGGAGAGGACGGCGAGCGUGUGCCGCCGCGAGCUCAUGGCGGAGAUCAACGGCGUGGCGGCGCGCCUGCAGGCGCCCGCGCUGUCGCAGAACAUCACAGAGAUGGAAGAGAUGCUGAGCAAGCUGCAGAGGCUUCGAAGCGAGUUUGGCGCUCUGGACCGAGAAGGCUCGGCGGUGGCGGCGAUGGAGGAGGCGCUGGAUGGGAUCCGCUCCAUCCUGCAGAUCGCCAAGGCGGAGAGCGAGGCAACGUCCGAAAAUCCACCGCUCCCGUCGGUCGGGAGCAAGGAGAAGACUGUGCUGAGCAUCAUCAACGAGGCCGACUGGGCAGACGCUUCAGAGGAGGAGACGAUAGAGCACCCGGACAAGCCCGCGGAUCCACCGGCGCCUUGGUCCGCGUCCACCUGCUGCAGUACGCCCAACUUGGGCUCGGCGCAUGUGGGGCAGGUGCUGGAGCUGCCGGCUGUGCCCGAGCCCUUAGAGGCGAUUGACGCCUUCCCGGCGCCGGACGAAGCGCCCGCGGCGCCUCCGCCGCUUCCGGCGGCGCCUCCGGCGGCGCCUCCGGCGCCGGAGCAGGCGCCGGUUUUGGCGAGGGAGGAGCCAGCGCUUGCGGCGGCGGCGAUCCUUGAGACGCCCUCGAUGGAGACGGACACCACCGCGCAGGUUGCCGUGGUGUUGGGUGCUAGUGCCAAACUGCCGCCGCCGAAAGCGCUGCCCUCGUUGAACCCUCGCUGCGUGGAGGAAGUCGGCCAAAGCCGGCUGCAUCUGGGGGCGCUGAUCUCUUUGCGGACUCCUGCCAAGAGGUCCAUUGCCUCCAUCCGGAUGAGCCAGGCUCGCGGCCGGAAUCUUGAGGCGGUCCUGGCCUGGCGGAUGCGCCACGGCCUGCGGAAGCCCACCAGGCUGCCCUGCGACAAGGCGGUGCAACGCGAUGCGGCCCGAGCCUGCAUUUGUGCGCAUUGCUUGCGCUCCGUUUGCGAGACGGCGAGCCCUAGUCCUUCCUCCAGCAACGUGCGAGCAUCCAAGCUACGCUCCAGGUUUGCCGCAAGACGCGCCGAAGCGCUGGACUCAAGCUGCAGCCUCAGAGGAGGCGCCAGCGAAAGCUUUGACAAGUGGUGACGGGACCAGGUGGUCUAGCACGAGAGAUUCGGUCAAAAUAUGACUGGCUGCUUGUUGGGAACG